AUGGCCGACCCCAUCGGUACGACGGCAAGCAUCCUUGCGCUUGUUGGCGUAUGCGCGAAAAUAAUCGAGUACAUUCAAGACGUGAAGGAUGGCUCGAGCGAACGCAUGCGCUUAAGGAAAGAGAUCAUUUCAACCAAGGGAAUCCUCGAAGCUCUUAUUACGACCGUGAAAGGCGCCGAAGCAGCACCAGAGGCUUGGUCAGAAACCAUCCGAUCCAUAAAGCGGAAGGGGGGUCCAUUAGAUCUUCUUCAGGAGGUGCUCUUCGCUCUUCACGAUGAACUCAGCCGAGCAGCAUCCGCCAACCGCGUCGAGAGAAAAAAAGAUAUCGAGGAACGGUUAAAGGUCAUUGAAAGACAACAGUCGCUCCUUGCAUUCGCUUUGGACAAUGAUCAUGUGGCCUUGUCGAAGGAGAUUCAGGGUGAUACCCGCGCUAUCCGUGGCGAUGUGAUAGCAAUACGAGCCGAGCUUGAACAACAGAAAGACGACGAGAACCGAGCCACUAUACUCGGCUGGCUGACGCCAGUCGAUUAUACACUCCAACAGCAUGAUUUCAUCAGCAGAAGGCAAACAGGAACCGGCCAGUGGGUUCUAGACUCAGCCGAGUACCAGACAUGGCGACAGACGGCAAAAAGCACUUUAUUUUGUCAAGGCAUUCCGGGAGCGGGAAAGACAAUCCUUACUUCUAUCGUUGUCGAGGACCUGACGACGCGGUUUUUCGAAGUUCCAACGGUCGGCAUAGCAUAUAUCUAUUGCAACUUCCGGCGGAAACAAGAGCAGCGUGCGGAAGACCUCAUCGCGAGCCUACUGAAGCAGCUAUCUCAAAGCCGGACGUCUCUGCCAGAAACCGUCAAAGCACUGUACGAUAAGCACAAGCGAAAACAAACACGGCCCUCCAUCGACGAACUCUCGCAAGCCCUUCAGUCAGCAUCUGGUGGCUGCCGCUCGAGAGUUCUGACAGAUAUGUUUAACCUUAACAUUAAGUACGGAGCGAACGUCUUUGCGACGUCCAGGCCCGUCCCGGAAAUCACGGCAAAGUUCGAUCAAGGCGUUUCCCUGGAGAUCCGUGCUAGUAAGCAGGAUAUAGAAGCGUAUAUCGAGGGGAAUAUGCCACGACUAGAGGCUUUCGAUGAUUGGAAUGAACAGCUGCGAUACGAUAUUAGACGACAAUAUCAGACGCGGUUCCUUCUGGCACAGAUUUAUCUCCAGUCACUAGACGACAAGACGAAGCCAAAAGCGGUCAAAAAUGCCUUACGACAAUUUCAGAAUCAAAUGCCCGGAUCAAGUGAAGAGCGGAAGAGAGAAAUAUUAGAUCAAGCAUACGACGACACAUUACGAAGGAUCCAAGAACAGAGACCGAACUUUCAGCAAAUUGCAAUGAAGGCUCUCGCCUGGAUUACGCACGCCAAAAGGCCUUUAAGGAUAGUGGAACUUCAGGUAGCCCUUGCUAUUGAGAUUGGCGACCCUGGCCUUGACAAAGACAAUCUUGAGAAGACGGAACGUAUUAUUUCAGUAUGUGCUGGGCUGGUAACGAUUCAAGAAGAGAGCGAGAUCGUCGAGUUCGUCCACUACACCACGCAAGAGUACAUGCAACGAAAGCAGAAAGAUCUGUUUGCAGAUGCAGAGUCGGAGAUCACAAAGUCCUGUGUCACCUACCUCUCGUUCAACGUGUUUGACAGCGGAUUCUGUCCGACCGACGCUACUUUUGAAGCCCGGCUUCAAGCAAACAGGCUCUACGACUAUGCGGCACACAACUGGGGACACCAUGCGCGUGCUUCAGGAUUCUGUGAAGGUAUUAUCGCCUUUUUGAAGAGUACUUCAAAGGUAGAAGCAUCUAGCCAAGCGUUAAUGGCUAUUAAGUUGUCAUGGACUUCGACAUACAGCCAAGACGUUCCAAGACGAAUGAGUGGAUUUCACUUGGCAGCAUACUUCGGCGUUCAAGAUGCUGUAUAUGGCCUCCUUCAACACUGGAAUAGUAUAGAUGAGAAGGAUAGCUAUGGCCAGACGCCGCUAUCGUGGGCCGCCGAGAAUGGCCACGAGGCCGUCGUACAGCAGCUGCUCGCUAAAGGGGCCAUCGUCGAGACGAAGGAUGACUAUGGCCAGACGCCGCUAUUGUGGGCCGCCGAGAAUGGCUACGAGGCCGUCGUGCAGCUAUUGCAAUCACAUCUUCUACAACCUUCCUCAUAA